GAAUACCCCCUCUGCGGUUUGUUUUUAAAUCCCCUGCCGCCCGGCUGUCCGAGCCCGGCAGACGGUGCCGUGAUGUUUGGGUUUUUGGGUGCAUGUCUUUUCGCUGCCAACAUGGCGGAGGUCAAGUUGCUACCCCGGCCUGUGCUGCUGGAGCCGAAACCUUGCUCCUUGCCUUGAGGAUGUGUGAGGGCAUCAGGUGAUUGAAUGUACUCGUCUGUAAGACGGACGCUGCAGCUCCUGAGCGCCGGACGGGUACGGAACCAGCUGUCCUCCGAGACGAUUGCAUCUGGACCAUUAAGAGAUGUUUGAUGCUCUGAGCGGAUUACGUCUGCUUUGAAGUUCAGAUUUACUCCACAAAAGCGGGUUGCGUGGGUUACAGUAGUGACCCAGGAACGCAUUAACGAAAUGAGAUUUGCCCCCCUGUGAGGGAGAUCUUCAGUUCCCCUAGUGCCAGUUUUAAAGAAGCAUUUGAGAUAAAGAUGUUGCACGAUAUUUUGGCAGUUGCGUUGCUGCUGUAGGCAAAACUAGCAUUUGUGUUGUAAAAAUCCCAUAUUGCAGUACAGUGUAAUAUGUAGUUAAAUGUCACCAUUACAUUGCACUUUGCUAAGGUAGGGAUUAGUCCAUCUGUUUUGCUGAUGUAUUUGCUGUUGUAAAAGCAGAUACAUGAUAUUGUGGCUGUUUGACACACUUUCUUGUGACUGCCCAAAUGUUUCUGGGUCACUGUGAAGGGGUGAUUGUUAAUUGCAAAGGGGGUGCUAUUGGGACCCUGCUAGUUGUCCUUGCUGCCACCCUGAUUCAGGGUAGAGGGGACUGGACCCACUGUACAUGAAUAGCUCCCAUAGGUGUGGGACAUGCCACCUCUCUCCUCAUCCUGAAGUAGAGUGGGUGACUCGGGCUUUUAGACAGCUGUCAUCCCAGCUCUAAAUCUUGGGCACGCAGGUGAACCGCCCUCUGUUUCUUAAGAGGAUUUAUCACCCUCGCAUCUGCUUUAAAACUGUCCCUGCUGAGCUUGUCUGUGGUACUUAUUUCUGCUCUAGAGCCCCUUCAGCAGAGUGGCAGCUGCAGAAUGAGAGUACACAUGUGAAGGAUUGUUACAGGCCGUAGGUAUUGACACCCAGCUUCUGAAAUAGGGUUACUGUUAAUUUGAGUGUAUUGGCUUAUCAGUGAUAACCUCGUCUAAGUUUUCUAAUCAGUCGCUCACCUGACUAAGCAUCGGUUGUAUUCCGGUGAGUUUGCUGCAGUACAGUUAGGCUCUGCUGCCAGUACUUGAGUCUGUAGCUACUUAAGGUGACUUAAGUGUGUGCCAGUCAGAAUUGCAGAUUUGCAAAUGUAUUCUAAUGGGCGUUUGUGUUUUACUUUUUAAUGGGAGUAAAUGCUUCCUUUGGGCAUUGUAGAAAAGGCACCAGCCUUUGCUGAGCCAUAGUUCUCAGACAUGCAAGACGUUAUCUGAAAAGUCUGUUUUGUCUUCUUUGGGUAGUUGGGAUCUGACAACUGCACUUGUGCAUGUAGUCUGAUGAGGAUAUAGGCCCUUGUCUGUUUCCUGUGGCCAUGGCAGGUAUCCUAUAUUCCCCUUCAGUUUUGAGACCUCUGUUAAGUUAGAUGAGCAUCGUUUGCAAGGUGGACCCCUGGUUUCUGCCCCUCACCCACCUCGCGCCUGGACAUGCUUCAUGCAGGAACUUCAGUGCUGCAGGGUAGGCGAUUACUGAACUGUCUGUGUUUGUGUUUUGGGUUUCGUCUUUCGUUUGGUCUUGCCUGUGCAGCUUCUGGGCUGGCCGUUUCGGGAUUCAGCUGAGAUAUCUCGGGGAAUUUCCAAGGUCCCCUUUGAGAACAAUUCAGAGGAUUGGUUUUGAAAAUGUUCAGUGUGUUCUGUUAGUGUUGAAGAUUUGGGUUACUGAGGCCCUUUGAGAGCUUCCAAAAGAUUAGAUAUGGUUUAGAGGAAAUAAAAACAUGCCCGUUUCCACUUGUGCUUUAUUUUAGUGAUAAACACAAUAAAUACUCUACGGAGAAACAUUACGUUGACAGAUCCUGUUUUAUAACUUGUAUUUCUUUUACAAUGCAUAUCGCAGUGUUGUACCAAAGUCAGGGCCCGUGUCCAUGGUAUUCAUGUCCAUGAAGGUCGUGUGUCAAUUAUUUUUGAAGUCUCGCCUCUGUGCUGUCUGGUUAUUGUUGUGAGCUGAAACUUGCUGUUCCUCCUGAAAAAGAGUAUGGUAUAUCCAGCCAGCGUCUGCUCCAAAACAGCCCACUGAACCCUGGAAAGAUUUGAGCUGGAAAAACAUCUAUUUGCACUAUAACCCCAAAUUCCUGCAGCAGAGCUGAAAGACCUAACCGGGCCACCGCUAAAUUUAUAUUUUAGGCUAGCAAGAACUCCAAACAGCCUCCUAACAAUGUCAUAUUUUAAAAAUUAAUGCUAAGAUUUACUGGAGUGCAUGGGAAUGUGCCUGGAAUGUGUUUUAUUUUUCGCAUAAAAGGAGAGUUUGUGACAAGUGUUCUUUUUUUAACAGUAAUGUGAGGUGUUUGUUUAUUACGCAGUUCACUCAUAAUGAGUUUUCCAUAUGGAAUCUGCUUUGCAUCAUGUUGCAUAUCCCUUAUUUGCUCCAUAUCCUGGUUCAUCAUGGGCUUCUGCAAGCAUAUAUGUAAAUAGCCUGUUUGCCUUUUUUUAUGUAAACAUCUUAUUUGCAUUCCUUUGUUCACAAAAACCUGGCUUCCCUGCGUGCUACUAAGCUUUACAUCCCACAGCGCAUGCAGCGUAAGCAGAAUUCUGUUUAUCAUGCGUGUUGUAGUGUGGCUACACGUACUGCCCCGAAGUUAUAGAGCAAAAAAGUAUGUAUGCCUGCUCUUAGGCACAUCCAGUUUAACACAAAUCCACAUCAGAGGGGUCACAUUCCUGCUGAAUGGUCUAAAACUCUGUGGUUUGGAGAGAUGCUGGGGGAGCAGUUUUCACCAUUACUGCAACCAUCUGGACAGCUUGUCACAUACGUAGCUUAGGUCUGUUAUGAUAUCAAAUUAUUCGCACUCAUGUUGUGCUUUUCAUCCUAAAUGGUCCGAAGGUUUUUUUUUUUAGGCAUCGCAAGAACCUGCCUCAUCUACCACUGAAGCACAGUACCCACCUGUGACCUGGGGAAGCUUAUUGAGGCUGGCUACUACAAUCCAAGAGUGAAAUUUAACCUGACCACCACAGCUCACAGCUCUGCUCUUAUUAAGGGUGCCUUAAUAAGCUCUUAAAUCUUGAUUUUUAAAGGCCAAGUUUUCGGGCUCUUGAUUUAAUGCUUUGUCCAAAAGAAGGUAUUUAGUCCUGUCACACUUGCCAUGCUGGUUUAGUAUUUCUGGUCCAGAGGAAAGAGCACCAUAUACUGGUCUGCCAGGUAUAGCAGCCACCUCCUCUCUUCUUCUUGGUCCAAUACAGACCAAGUUCAGCCAUGCCUGGAGAUCUUGCUAAGGUCUGACUGCUUGAUCUUGUCAUGUGGUAUAGCUGCUGUUGGAAAUGGGACUUUCUUGUUAAUUUUUCAUUUUCUUUUAUCUUCAUGGAGCUGAGAGCUUGUGUCCAGGAAACAUGAGUGUUGGUAAAGGCAAAUGAAUAAUUUGCAGGAUAGGCAAUAGUUUGUCUGAAGCACCUGUGUGUCAGCCUUCACUUCUCUCCUGCCUUAAUGUUCUCCAACUUGAAAUUAAAUUGUCAAAAGUUACAGAUAGCAGAGUGCUUUCCGGAACUACUAAAUGAGGUUAACUAGAGUGUCUCAGACAUCCACUGUGAGGCCAUUAUCUCUAAUGUCUUCUGUCUUGCCUAGGUGGUUGGGAGGCUGGAGGGCGAUGAGUGGAGGCAGACUAGCCUGCGUGUUGUUUUGAGGAAUGCAGAUAGUUUUAAUCUUCACGCAUCAGGCACAAUGUAAAGUAGCUGCCAGUGUGGGAGUUGAAGGUGUGAAAACAGAAGGGUUGUUAGCACUCCAGAUUAGAGCAAAUCAGUGCCAUGGGAUCAGGCUGAGCUGCAGCCAGUUACUCCAAAAGGACAAGCGUGCACAAACUCCCAGACCCCAAGAGCUGGCACAGGUGGAAAUUCGUUUGUUUUUGUUUUAGUUUAAUUUGUGGAACUUUCCCCCUUCCACUUUGAUAUGAAUAUAGUUGAUUUUUCUGCAAGCUGAAGUCAUAAAAGUUUUUUAUUUUGUUUCUGCAGUGUAUCGUAGAUCUUUCUCUUUUAGAGGUCAUUGGGAUUUUUGAUCUAUCCUCAGUAAGAAGGGAGUUCUUUUUUAAUCCCAAGUAUGAAGUUUAGUCCUGUCACCUGUGUGCUGUUGGAGUUUCAGCUCUAACUGUUGUCGGUGAAGGAUCAGGCUUUUUCUUUUUAGCGUGGUUUCCAGCGGGUUGUGUUGAAUGUUUCUGGGCCCUGACUGUGGUGAAGGCAGGGCAGGCCCCGAGAGGCGCGGUGUGGGGCAGGCCCAGCCACUUCAGAGCUGUCAGCUCACUUUCUUUGUCUGUGCGGCUGGUGGUUGUAGGUGGAGCCACGAGGCCGUGAAACCCGAGACGGAGCAGAGCCCAGAGGAAGGACUUGCUCCUCAAAGGGGAGUGAGAAGGCUGCAGCGUGACAUUCGAAACUUGCAGGCUGCGCAGCGCACACAAAGGAGGAUCGCUCCAUCCUGGAGCUGGAGCUGGGGAGGGGAGGACUUAUUUUUAACUCGCCACUACAAAAGGCCUCUCCUGCUGCUGGUGUUCGGGGGGUCUGUUUUCCUGAAGAUAAGCGACCAGAAGAGAACUGGGUGCUGGAAUUUGCUUUGCCAGCAAGGGAAAUGAGCAGAGUUUGUUUUUUUUCCCCCCAUGGCUUCUCCCAGUGUUUCUCCCCCAGAAUGCUGUCCGGGCUGUACUGCUGUGGGAAUUUGAUACUGUCGGGGUCCAGCUUGCGUAACUUUACAGGAUUACAGUGGGCUCUGUUUUUGGUUGCCAGUGACCCGGCUCCCCGUCUCUCCUCCGUCCUGUGUUAAAGAGGGUUUUGGAGGUUGCCGGCCCCCCCGGCGUGCGGUGGAGAAGUGGGGGGAGAGCUGUCGGGGGUGUCCCGUGCCGCAGCCGCGCAGAGGAAGGUGUUGCGAGGGGCGGCGCAGGGCUGCGCUGUGCUUGCUUGCGUUGCCGAGCCCGAUCUCUCCCACCCACCCCCCCCCGCCCUGAGGGCGUCUCACCGUGGACGUCUUGGGUUGAGGUUUGGUAAAGGAGGGGCCUCUGUUAUGGGCUGUUUUGUUUCUAUGGCAAGCGAGAUGAGUGUUGGUGCCUCAUGACGAGUAAAACUCCAGUGCACUUUCUGUACUCAUGGAAGGGAGUGCUUGAACUUUUCACAUGCAUAUCCGGACACAAAGUUGUCAAGACUAAAGAGGUCCCAAAAUUUCAAGAGAAGAAGAAAGCCUUAAUUGGAAAUCAUAUGGACGAAGAAAUGAGUCGCCAGACCGCCACAGCGCUCCCCACAGGAACCUCAAAGUGCGCACCGUCCCAGCGAGUCCCAGCCCUGACCGGCACCACCGCCUCCAACAACGACCUGGCCAGUCUGUUUGAGUGCCCCGUCUGCUUCGACUAUGUCCUGCCACCCAUCCUGCAGUGCCAGAGCGGGCACCUGGUCUGCAGCAACUGCCGGCCCAAGCUCACCUGCUGCCCCACCUGUCGGGGCCCGCUGGGCUCCAUCCGCAACCUGGCCAUGGAGAAGGUGGCCAACUCGGUGCUGUUCCCCUGCAAGUACGCCUCCUCGGGCUGCGAGAUCACGCUGCCGCACACGGAGAAGGCCGAGCACGAGGAGCUGUGCGAGUUCAGGCCGUACUCCUGCCCCUGCCCGGGGGCCUCCUGCAAGUGGCAGGGCUCUUUGGACGCGGUGAUGCCCCACCUGAUGCAUCAACACAAGUCCAUCACCACCCUGCAGGGCGAGGACAUCGUCUUCCUGGCCACGGACAUCAACCUGCCGGGGGCGGUGGACUGGGUCAUGAUGCAGUCUUGUUUCGGCUUCCACUUCAUGCUGGUGCUGGAGAAGCAGGAGAAGUACGACGGGCACCAGCAGUUCUUCGCCAUCGUGCAGCUCAUCGGCACGCGCAAGCAGGCCGAGAACUUCGCCUACCGCCUGGAGCUCAACGGCCACCGGCGGAGGCUGACCUGGGAGGCCACGCCCCGCUCCAUCCACGAGGGCAUCGCCACGGCGAUCAUGAACAGUGACUGCCUCGUGUUCGACACCUCCAUCGCGCAGCUGUUCGCCGAGAACGGCAACCUGGGCAUCAACGUCACCAUCUCCAUGUGCUGAGGCGGCACCUGGCUGCCACGGUAACCCGAGCAGCGCGAGUCUGUCUUUUUAUACAGCGGGGAGGAUGGGGGAGGGGCUGAGGACGGAGUUCUUCAGAAGAGGCGUUCUUAAGAAAAAUCAUUUCAAAUUUUGGUUAGGAAAUGCAAAGCUGAAACUUUUAUGGAAGUUCACUCUUGACUGAUUUUUAAUUUUUUUUUCUUCCCCCCCCCUCCACAAGGUUCUGGUUCUUGAAGUUAAAAUGCUGGCUGAGCUGCAUGUGGAGACGCUAAUGUAUGACGCCGAGGGGGGGGGGGACACACAAUCUUCAUCUUCUGAUAAACCACUGAAUUAUCUGCCCAAGAAUGGGGACAUCUCUUUUUUUGUAAGAAAUUAAAAAAAAUCUAUAAAAAAAGCUGUUGUAAGUUGUGGCUAAACUUCAGUGUUUGUAGACUGAUUGUAUCGUUAAUACUGUUGUCUUUUUUUUUGACGAGCCAAGUUAGGCAGUUUCAGGCUGCCUUUGUCUUUGUCCGAUAUGUCACUACAUCAUAGUAUUGCUGCUGUUUGUUUUUAUUUUCUCUGUGUAAUUCUGUUUUUUAAUUAUCUUUAGUUUUUUUUUGUCAUUUAAUAAAUUCGACCAUCUUUUUCAUAAUUCCAGUCAUUUACAAUUUUUUUUUUUGUUGUGAAUUCUCCCACUGCAUUUCUCUAUUUUUCUAUAUUGUAAUUAUUUAUGUCAAGUGGUUUAGUGUUCUCGCUGGUGUUUCUAAAAGGCAUGUUUCUGGAAAUGGGGUGCAGUGUUUAUUUUCCCUGGCCUGGACACAGAGGGCCCGGUCCGGGUGCCGAUGGGGUCGGGCAGCUGCACUGGCUGCGACCCUGGGCUUCUCGCUCAGUGGUUCCAGGUCUCUCCCAGGCUGAGGACGGACACCUGUGCUUCUGUUUCAAGGGCAGUGAGCACACCUGAGCUACACUGCUGCUAGCACGGCCAUUUCACAGACUCGGCUCUCCUGACGGACGCUACAGACUACCCGAUUGUGCAGUGAGAGAACUUUUACUCUUUCCCUCGUUGCCGAGAGCAGGCUUUUGUCCAUUUUUCUUUGUAAUGGAGUCUUGUGGUGAAAUGGACAGUCGUUUGCUUAUUUUGAUUUUUGUUUUGUAAGAACAUCUGUACUCGGACUCCUAGAUCAGAGGUUUUCGGCCUUGCCGGCCGCUGGAGGGAUGCCUAUCCCUCUGCCUCUUUGCAAGCUCUCAGCCAGAUGCUUUCUUCUGUAACCGGUUCUCAGCUGAAAACAAAGGCCCUGGCCGAGCAUGUGACUUCGGUUGAAGUGUCAGUUAAGUAGAGGGGAGCUCUGCAAGCUGGAGACCCGGAAGAGGCAUGGUGAUCUGCAAUGACAUGCAGGCUGGAAACCACUGAUCUGGGGUGCAAGUGUCCAUUAAACAAGGAGGAUCACUUUGGAAACGGUAAAUGUUAUUAUUCAUGUUAUGCCUUUUUUUGUUAUACUCUGCUAUGUUGUGCUGAAAAUUUAUUAAAAGCCAAUCCAUGGGUUUAAGAGUUUUGGUCCGGAGAAGGUAACACCCCAGUGGGAACCCUCUCCCCUUGCAUGUUCUCUUCUACAGAACAUGACAAGAGCUGCAGCCUGUUCCUCAGGCUAUAUCUUGCUUCAAACAUUUAGGUGCUGCUUUAGGUGUAGCGAAAUGAUUGUGAUAAUCUAUUGAUGAAAUAAGAUUGACCUUCGCUGAGCUUCACUGUUGCUUUUCUUAGCGGCCAUUUUAAGUACAGUACAGUAACCCCAGUGUUAUUGUAUCUGAAAUUAAAGUAUUUUUUGCUAAGCAAUACUUCUCAAGGUUUCAUUAAUUCAAAUUCAUUCAAAUUAGUUAAUGUGAACUGGUUUAAGAUGUGUGAUGUGAAUACAAAUGUUAAACUUUCAGGUCCCGAUGUUCAGGGUGGUGUUGAGCACAGGUGUUGCUCAGUUUUAGGUUAACUAGAUUUGCACUUCAUAAUCUUGAGAAGGAUGCAAACAUGGCAGAAUAUAACAGCAACCGAGGAACUUGGGCAAGUUAUUUCUGAUUUUUCUUUUUCUUUCCUGCCUUGUGUGCUUGAGGUGCAUUCAUUUCAUAUCAGAUGGGGGCUCAAAUAGGAAUUUCAUUGUCAAUUUGGUCUGUUGUCUUUCAGCUCCUGGCAUUUUACUUUACAGGCUGCAGUGAGAAGCUGGGUCGUUACAUUUGAAACUUUCUCGCACCAGAUUAAAGUCACUGUAUUGGUCGAUGAAAGUUUGGAAAGAGUAAAAGAUAAAAACUCUGCUCUUGCAAGUGUCGUUUUAAAACCCAAUACGGCGGUCGGGAAGCUCAGGGGUGGCAGCGACAAGAUGUCACAGUGUUUAAGAUUUGAUGUAAACUGUUCAAAAAUAUAUCUUCUGUUGUUGAAGUGGAAUUGCUGGUGAUGUACAGUAUAGCGUUUUUACAUGAAGUCGGAAGUACAUUACGUGGAAACCAUUUAGGAUGAGUAUCUUUUUCAUGCAGAAACAGUAGCAUAUAAGCAAGCCAUAUUCAGAGAAGAAAUCCUGUAUAAGAGUUUGGUUGGUGUUCUGGAGUUGUGGUCAUUUUUCAUUCGGUUAUGGUUGAGUUUGUCCUGUUCACGGUUGGGCCUUUUCAAGUUUUUUAUAGUCACUUAAGGAGUGUACAUUCGUUAGUUUUUUCUCCACGAUUUCAUUGUAUUUAUGAAUAAACAAAUCCGUUCUAUAUAAUGUUUUUGUUCCUAAGGCUUUUUUAUUUUAUUUAUUAACUGGGAGUCUACCUGGGGAAUUUGCCAAGCAGGUAUGGUGAGACUGUGACUAAUGAGGAAGCUUUCAAUUGAAACAGGAGGAUGUUGUAAUGGGGAAGAGAUUAUAUGUUAUCUGUUAGUUCUAAGGAAUAAACAUCAGGUCCAGCUGAUUGUUAAUCUGUUGAAAAAACUUCAAUCUUUAAUUGCAUGCUCGCAUGAAAAGUUUAAAAAAAAUUACCUGGGUUUCCAUAAAUUCCUCUUGAUCCUUUAAAAAAAGAACUUAUUAAGCACAUGGAUUUAAACUAAUACGGUGAUUGUGAUCUGUCAUUAUGUGGAUUAUUUUUCCUGGAACCCAAGUUUAAAACGCAAGAUAAUAAAGGCAAGGGUGACUUUGGUAAAUCCAAUAUAAAAGUUCUGGCACGUCAAUUUCCUCCUUAAGGCAGUUCUCUGCUCCCUUGAUUAAAAUCUUAAUAAUUAUUAGUAAACUUAUCACACACACCUUAAAACAUUUGUGUAUGUACGUGGGUUCCAGUUUAAGCAACAUUCUUCACUGAUUUUGUAAUUGUACGUGACACACUUGAUAUUUGUAUUGUAGAUGAGCUUCGGCAUACUGUAACUUUCACACCCUUCAAGUAAAUGAUUUAAAUUCGAAAGAGUCAAAUUAACAUUUUUAAAGAUGGUCAGUUAUAUACUGAAGUUUACAUCAUUGACCAUCUCCAAAGGUGCAGAGUGUCAAAGUUCUUCACUCUAUAAAGGAGAAAUGCUGCUUUUUAAAUAUAGUGACAAGGACGUUCCUUAUUCAAAUUUUAUUUCUAACGCCGAUAACAUUUGAACGGCAUGGUUGUCGAUAGUGGCUCCUACCAGUUUAACAGGAGGUAUCUUAAAAGGAUUUUGCACAAUCGUGUUGGGUGUGUCAAUGUGCGUCGUAACGGACAACAAACGUAUUGAAACAUAAACCUGUAAAUGCAGUUGAGCAUUUCCUCCAAAGCCAAAACAGGAAUGUGGGAAAGCUAGGCCUUGUUUUCUGGAAAGUGCCCAUACCAUGUUCCCAAAUAUCCAGUACCAAGUAUCGGCCAGGGGCAGCUGAAGCAUUUAAAACAGUUUUAGCAUUUUGUACAAAACGUGCACCUGCUUUCCAAUGUGUUUUUACAAAACUGUUGCUGGAACUCGUAUGUUGAGCGGAGAUGUUGGGAUUGUACUGGCUUGCCUUGCUGAAGCAGCAGAACAAGUACAGCCAAGCUGUUCAGCAUUGUGGCAGCCAGAAUGUCAGUAUCUCUGGGAGAGGGACCCUGCUCCAACCUGCCGGUGUGAAACUCCUGACAGAAGUGUGUUGGAAAGGCAGACAUGCGGUUUGCUCUGCUUCCACUUAAAAGGGAAACCUGAGCCGUUCAUGAAUCUAGCCUUAUAGAUUAUUUUCCCCCUACAGAGUCAGGGUGGUGUGUGUGUGCUAGCGCGGGACAACGGAUGAAAACAAAUGCAAAUAACUUCAUACAGGCUUACCUUCUGUAUCACGAGUCACCAUCCAUACAGCUGUUGGAUCUACACGGCAGGGGCGUGGCGUGUAACAAGCCUGGUUUACAUUAAAAGACAGCUGCAAUCAAGCCUGUGUGUAAUUGUCUCCUAUACUUGGCACAAGUUUAAAAGAGUACCUGCGAUCCUGUACUGAAGAACGUGUUGCAUUAUUAAUGCUUUAACAGGUUUGGUAUUGGCUAGGCUCCACAAGGUAAUACACCUCAGCAUCACUGUAUCACCAUAACUUGUGUAUCUUAAAAACUAUAAUGACUAAAAACUGGUGCUUAAAGAUGAAACCUGUUUUUUUUUUCCCCCAAUUGACAAGUUUUACCCCAGAGGCAGGCUGCAUUCUUGUGCAUUUCUGCACAUGUAUCUUUGUGCUAGUUGUGAACAGUGUGACUUCUGUGUGCAGUUGUAGAGGUCCUUACUGUUGGACGUGUUCUUGUAGGCCUCAAUCGUUAAGCCUCUCUCCAUCAGCGUUGGGAGAGCGAGGGGCCGGGAUGCAUCACUCUUAGUCCCCCUUUGCCCUUAAAAACUAUUUAAAGCCAGGGGUGCAUAACCCUAUUUCCAUUGUCAGGGACCACUGCUUGCAGUUUGCAAACAUCUAAAUGAGUCCAUGACUAUAUGAUCAACCCCUUACCACCCUUUCCAGAACUCAUCAGCUAGACAAGAGCUGAAAAACCUAUACUGAACCCUAUCAGACUGAAUCUUCACCAUGAGUCUCCUCAUCCCUUCCCAGGCCACAGCUGCAGGAGGAGAGUGAUGUUCACUACACACCCUUUGUACUGGAGCCAGGCUGUGUACUACAAGCAGGUGCAGUGUUUGGUUUUUGAGCUGAGGCAGGUGUAAGUUGUUGGGAGGGUUUGGUCAUGCCUUGAGAGUUUCUCCCCGUCUGUGGGCUGUCGAGCACCAGGCCUGCAGGGAGCUGUAAUGUAUCCGUCUCGGUCCAGACGUGCAUCUCCCCGCUGGGCUCCGGUUUCACCCUUCUCCCCAGCCCGAAUUACACCUGGGGAUGCCAACCCUGCUGCUGGAGAGCCACAGCCCCGACUCUCAGCAUCCUAAGUGCAGCAGCAGUCUUGGCCAGGUGGAGGGGCUACAGCAGGAGCACCACUGCAGGCACAGGCCGGCACGGCUCUCUUCAGAUCACCAACACCUUAGAUUGUGAAUUAUACCCUUUAUUCGUCACUAAAGUGCUUUGUUUAACAAGUCCUAGCUCUGUCUAGUUCAAUUUAUCACACCUGGAAGACAGGCCACAGUGCUGCACUAAAUCUAGGUUGGAUAAAGCACAAUUUUAGGGAGAAAAAAAUCAUUUCACAUAGAAUUCACAGAAAAUAGAAGCUUUCUAUUUUGAAUUAAGUGCUCACUCUUU